AGUUUAUUACUUUCUGUUGAAAAAUGAAUUACCCACAGCAACCGCCCUUGCCGCCUCCGCAGGAUUUUUCAGCACCACCCCCUCCUCCCCCACCACCAGCAGAUGCAGAUGCAAACCGUUCACCGCCAGGAGUACACCCAGCCACUAACACAUACAACUUUUCUCAUCCGACAAGUGAAAAUGCGGCUAACUACUCUGCCUACAGCUCGUCGAACUAUUACAACUAUGGAGCACCCCAAUAUUCUGCUGGGCCGCCGUCAGCAAAUUACUAUGCAUCACCACCUGUGCCAUCACCUUAUACUGCCGGUGGCUACGAUCCCGCAAUGUCGUAUGACCAGUAUGGCCAAGGAAGCUACUCUUAUGGUAGUUAUAAAUACCAAGAGAGCUACCCAUCACAGAGUGGGUAUGCCGCCCCCAAUUACCGGCAACCAAGCCAGCGAUAUACGUCCCACAAUCAAAGCUACAACAAUUAUUCCGGCUACAAUAAUGUGAACCGCUAUGAAGCUAGACACAAUUACUACCAACCACGGCCACCUCGGCCAACUCCACAUAGCUAUUACACUCCCAGAAGUGCAACAAACAACAUUUCCUCCUACAAUUCCACAUCCAGAAUCUAUAGGGAACGGAGCGACCCCACGGAAAAGCAAAAAGCGAAACCCGAAACCGAGAGGGAUCGACUUUUGCGACAGUGGUGUUCAAAUUAUUGUGAAAAACCAGAGGAUUAUAUAAAGAAAAUGAAUGCUUUAUGUGAGGCAGAGGCGCCAGCAGAGUCAUGGGUACGUUCUUCGCCUGCUGAGCUCUAUUAUCAGCGCACCAAGAACGAAAAUGAGGUGCAAAGUAAAGUUCGCCUGGAAAAGCUGUGCGAUCUUUUCGACGAGGAAUUGUUGCAGAGAGCUGGGCGCGUGCGAAAAAACUUGCCGCCUUAUGUGCCACCACCACGAAAGGCGCGACGACGUGUGUGUAAGCAUAAGUCAGAGGCAUGCUCGUCUUCUAACGAUGAUUCGGAUGACGAAGCUUUCAAAAUUGAACAAGACUGCUGCAUGGAGGAGCUUUCACGAAAGGUGCAGCACCCGCAGCGGAUUCAUGCCGAUCUCUGGCACAACGAUGAGGGGGAAAUGAACGAUGGGCCGCUAUGUCGCUGCUCUGCAAAAUCUAGGCGCAUUGGUAUACGCCAUGGAAUCUAUCCCGGUGAGACGGGUUAUAAGUUAUGCGAAAAGGAUUCAAACAAUGCAGGCAGUUUGUAUCACUACCGCAUAACCAUAUCACCGCCUACUAAUUUUUUGACAAAAACGCCAACCAUUAUAAAGCACGACGAGCACGAGUUCCUCUUCGAGGGAUUCUCCUUGCUCUCGCAUGUUCGGCUCACCGAUCUGCCCGUGUGUAAGGUCAUACGUUUCAAUAUUGAAUACACUAUUGAGUACGAUGAAGAGAAAAUGCCGGAAAACUUCACCAUACGCGAGCUGGACUUGUUCUUCAAGUAUCUAUUUCAUGAGUUGUUGGAGCUAGUUGACUUUAUGUUGUUGCCCAAUGGCAAUAGCAGUGCCGAGGAAUCCUGUCCAGCAUUUCACUUUCUGCCUCGAUUUGUGCGGGAGCUGCCAGAUAAUGGCAAAGAGGUGCUGGCCAUGUGCGAGGUGCUUAAGUAUCUUCUCGAUAAUGCAGCUCCACUGGUCGAUCGUCAACAGCUACUACAUCUUAAUGAAAUCAGUCAGCACGAAUGGCAGGACUAUGUGGACUUCAUAAAGGGGAUGCUUGUCACCAAGCCUGGAUACAAACCAUGUUCGUUACGUGUCGAUCAAUUGGAUCGCAAUAACUCUGAUCUGCCCGAAUGCGUUGAUCCAGAGACAGGCAUUUCGCAUCCGGCAAUUGUGCAUUUUGGAAUUCGCCCGCCCCAACUUAGCUACGCUGGUAAUCCAGAGUAUCAAAAAGCUUGGCGAGAAUAUGUAAAGUUUCGUCAUUUAAUGGCCAACAUGUCGAAGCCAUCGUUCAAGGAUAAACGCAAGUUGGAGGAGAAGGAGCUGCGCUUGCAAGAAAUGCGUACUCAGGGACGUAUGAAGCGCAAUAUUACGGUUGCAAUUAGCUCUGAGGGCUUCUACCGCACUGGCAUCAUGUGUGAUAUGGUACAACACGCAAUGCUCAUACCUGUGCUUACAGGCCAUUUGCGUUUCCACAAGUCGCUAGAUUUGCUUGAGGAGAGUAUUGGCUACAAGUUCAAGAACCGCUAUCUUUUGCAACUGGCACUGACACAUCCUUCGUAUAAGGAGAACUAUGGCACUAAUCCGGACCAUGCUCGCAACUCUCUGACCAAUUGUGGCAUUCGCCAGCCUGAGUAUGGAGAUCGCAAGAUCCAUUAUAUGAACACACGCAAGCGGGGCAUUAACACACUCGUGAGCAUAAUGUCACGCUUUGGCAAGGAUCAUGAGACUCUUUCCAAUAUUACGCACAAUGAACGCUUGGAGUUCUUGGGCGAUGCCGUCGUCGAGUUUCUUAGCUCUAUUCAUUUGUUCUUUAUGUUUCCGGAACUGGAAGAAGGUGGACUGGCUACCUAUCGUGCGGCAAUUGUACAAAAUCAACACUUGGCAUUGCUUGCCAAAAAGUUGCAGUUAGAAGAAUUUAUGUUGUACGCACACGGCUCCGAUUUGUGCCACGAAUUGGAACUGCGUCACGCCAUGGCCAAUUGCUUUGAGGCGUUGAUGGGCUCCCUCCUUCUUGAUGGUGGCAUUAAGGUAGCGGAUGAGGUGUUUACCGAUGCACUCUUUAAGCAGGACGACAAACUGUUGAACAUAUGGAAAAAUUUGCCCGAGCAUCCGUUACAGGAACAAGAACCCCUGGGAGAUAGGAACUGCAUCGAGUCUUAUCGUGUGCUGAAAGAGCUCACCAAGUUUGAAGAAUCUAUAGGCAUAAAGUUUAAGCACAUACGUCUGCUAGCGAGAGCGUUCACCGAUCGCUCUAUUGGGUUUACGCAUCUCACGCUCGGAUCGAAUCAACGACUUGAGUUUUUGGGCGACACUGUCCUGCAAUUGAUUUGCUCAGAAUAUCUAUAUCGGCAUUUUCCGGAGCACCACGAGGGUCAUUUGUCGCUGUUGCGCUCCUCAUUGGUCAACAACCGUACACAGGCCGUAGUAUGCGAUGAUUUGGGGAUGCCCACAUAUGCUGUCUAUGCCAACCCUAAAGCUGACUUAAAGACCAAAGAUCGAGCCGAUUUGCUAGAGGCAUUCCUGGGCGCCCUGUAUGUGGACAAAGGUCUUUUAUUUUGCGAGCAGUUCUGUCACGUCUGCUUGUUUCCGCGAUUGCAGUUGUUCAUUAUGAAUCAAGACUGGAAUGAUCCGAAAUCUAAACUGCAGCAAUGCUGUCUUACUUUGCGCACCAUGGAUGGCGGUGAGCCCGACAUUCCCUACUACAAAGUAAUCGAAGCGAGUGGACCCACGAAUACGCGUGUCUACAAGGUGGCAGUUUAUUUCCGAUCCAAGCGUUUGGCCACCGCCAGCGGUUCUUCUAUCCAGCAAGCCGAAAUGAAUGCCGCCAAACAGGCGCUGUGUGAGUCGCGUGAGCUUUUCCCUCAAUUGGAUCACCAGAAACGGGUGAUUGCCAAAAGCAUUAAACGGCAGACGGGCAGCGAAAUGGAUGCAGAUGCGGAUAAGCCACAAACAAGCCAAAAUAAUAAGAAGCCAAAGUAUGCAGCGCCGUUUGAGGAUGAAUCUCAUUUGCCCAAACAAUACCGUAUGCAUGAGGACAUAUCGAGUGAUGAGUUACCCGAGGAUGAUGACUUGGACAACGAGAGGACUAAAAGUCCUAACGAUAAAAUUCAACCAAGGAACCGCAAUUCUAGUAGCAGCGACAGUGAUGAUGAGAGUGUGUCCAAGCGGCCAAAAUGCUUUAAAAAGGAUUCCAUAUCAACAUCGUCGUCAUUGUCAACGUCAUCAGAUGAGGACUAAAAGCAUUUAGCACUUGGGAUUGUGAAUACAAAAAUUAAGAAAAAGAUCCUUAAAUAUUGGUUUGUUCAAUUUUAUUGAACAUUAUUGCAUUUCCAAAAUAUAAAGAAUCCAAAUUUUGUUCUCCAAAAAAAAAAAAACAAUG